UAUCCCGUACACACAGUUUCAAUGGAGGAACUGAGAGCUCUCGGACUAAAUCUAAAAUAUCUUAAACUGUGUUCCGAAGAUAAAAGGAGGUCUUACAUGUUUGGUAAAGUUUUGAAGCAACAGGAAGUGGUUUUGAAUGAGUCUUAUCCAAAACAGUUUGAAAGUACAUUGCAACUUUUGCAUGUAAAGACUGAUGACUGAUUAUAUUUUCUAAGCUCCAACUGAGAAAAGGCAAAAUGGGCAAAGGUGAAGCCCAACAUCUCUCCGACCUGAGGAUUGUGUUAAUGGGGUAUAGAGCUGCUGGUAAGAGUUCAACAGGAAACAGCAUCCUGGGCAGAGAGGAGUUUGACUUGAAGAGAUCUGCUCAGUGUGUGAAGAGACAUAGAGAAGUAGCAGACAGACACAUCACCAUCAUUGAAGCUCCAGGAUGGUGGAGGAAUUACACUGUAGAGGACAGUCCUGAGUUACUGAAACAGGAGAUUGUGCUCAGUGUGUCUCAGUGUCCUCCAGGACCACAUGCUGUACUAUUGAUCAUACCUGUGGAAGCUAGAUUUAAAGAUUAUCUAAGAAAAGCAGUACAGGGUCAUCUGGAUCUUCUGGGUGAGAGAGUCUGGAGUCACACUAUAGUCCUGUUCACCUGUGGAGACUCUCUGUUAGACACAUCUAUAGAGCAGCACAUUGUGAGUGAAGGACAUGAUCUCCAGUGGCUGCUGGACAAAUGUGGAAACAGAUAUCAUGUUCUCAACAAUCAGAACAGGAGUGACCACACUCAGAUUAAGGAGCUGCUGGAGAAGAUUGAAGAGACAGUGGCACAAAACAACGACUGCUGUUUUGAAAUAAACAGAAAUCUCAUACAAGAGAUUAAAGAGAGAAGAAUAGCCGAGGAAGAGAGAGCAGAAGAACGGAUGAAGAGAAUAAAAAAACGAAAAAACAACAUCAGAUCACAGAUGAGCGAAGCCCAGCGUCUCUCAGAGCUGAGGAUUGUGUUAAUGGGGCAUAAACUUGCUGGUAAGAGUUCAACAGGAAACAACAUCCUGGGCAGAGAGGAGUUUGACUUGAAGAGAUCUGCUCAGUGUGUGGAGAGACAUGGAGAAGUAGCAGACAGACACAUCACUGUCAUUGAAGCUCCAGGAUGGUGGAAGAAUGAACCUGUAGAGAAAAGUCCUGAGUUACUGAAACAGGAGAUUGUGCUCAGUGUGUCUCUGUGUCCUCCAGGACCACACGUUCUACUACUGAUCAUACGUGUGGACAUUGGAUUUACAGAGAACGAUAGAAAAGCAGUGCAGGGUCAUCUGGAUCUUCUUGGUGAGAGAGUCUGGAGUCACACUAUAGUCCUGUUCACCUGUGGAGACUCUCUGUUAGACACAUCUAUAGAGCAGCACAUUGAGAGUGAAUGACAGGAUCUCCAGUGGCUGCUGGACAAAUGUGGAAACAGAUAUCAUGUUCUCAACAAUCAGAACAGGAGUGACGACAAUCAGAUCAAGGAGCUGCUGGAGAAGAUUGAGGAGACAGUGGCACAAAAAAACCGCCCUGUUAGGAGAAAGAGCAGCCCUAUUAAAAUACAAGGAGCUGAUAAUAAAAUAAAAUCAGAAGAGCAAAUUCAGCCAUGGAUAGAUGAUGUCAGAUCACAAAUGAUCAGUGGUGGUGAAGGAUCUGAUUCGUGCUCUCUGGCAAGUUCUGGUUACGGUUCAUCUGAAGCAGACAUCGGGUCAACUUCUGGGUCUUCCCAUUCCAAAGAUACAUCUCUCAUAAGCAGAUUCAAGUCAGGGGUCCUGAAGAUAUUUAGCAAGGAAUUCACACCACCACUGAUGAGUGGAGAGGAGAGGUCCAACACAUCACCUCUGGGAAGUUCAGAAGCAGACAUCAGAUCUUCAUGGUCCAGAGAUUCAUCUCACACAAGAAGAUAUGAGUCCAGUUUCCAAGAAAUGCAUAGCAUGGAAUGCAUAUCACCACUGUUGAGUGGAUACGAGCGGCCAGAAACAUGGUCUGUGUCAAGUUCUGCGUAUGGUUCAUUCAGCUCACUAUCAGGAGCAGAAGGCAGUUCAGUUUUUAGCUCAUCACACUCAAAAGUCCCAUCUCACAGCUCAGGACUGGGGUCUUUGCAGCCCAUUUCUCACUCUGUUAAACAUUCAAGAACCAAAAGAACACAGGAUUUGCCCAAGGGCUCAAAAUAUGAGCAUAAAGACACUGAUUUAGACACCGAAGUGAUGGCUGAAUAAUCCUAGAAUUUUGACAUCAUGUUUAACA